AUGAUGAUGGGAAAAGAGGAUCUUGGUUUAAGCCUAACCUUAGGAUUUGCACAUAAUCCUGUCCAGCUGAAUCUAAAACCCACUUCUUCUUCUUCAAUGCCGUCCAAUCUCCACAUGUUUCCAUGGAACCAGACCUAUGUUCCCUCCUCAGAUCAUCAGAAGCAACAGUUUCUUAAGAAAAUCGACGUGAACAGCUUACCAUCGACGGUGGAGUGCGAAGAAGAGACAGGAGUUUCGUCUCCAAACAGCACGAUCUCGAGCACAGUGAGUGGUAAGAGGAGGAGCGAGAGAGAAGAUGACAUAGACAUCAUCACUCUGGACCGAUCUACUUCCCGUGGAACCUCCGACGAAGAAGAAGAUUACGGAGGAGACGCUUGUCGGAAAAAGCUCAGGCUAUCCAAAGACCAAUCUGCUGUUCUUGAAGACACUUUCAAAGAACACAACACUCUCAAUCCCAAACAGAAGCUGGCUUUGGCUAAGAAGCUUGGCUUAACCGCAAGACAAGUGGAAGUGUGGUUCCAAAACAGAAGAGCAAGGACCAAAUUGAAGCAAACCGAAGUGGAUUGUGAGUAUUUGAAAAGAUGUGUAGAGAAAUUGACGGAGGAGAAUCGACGGUUAGAGAAAGAGGCAGCGGAAUUGAGGGCGCUAAAGCUUUCACCGCGGCUGUAUGGUCAGAUGAGUCCACCGACCACGCUUCUCAUGUGUCCAUCAUGCGAACGCGUGGGCGGACCAUCUAACCACAACCACAACCAACGGGCUGUAUCAUUGAGCCCGUGGCUCCAAAUGGCCCAUGGAUCAUCAACCUUUGAUGUGAUGCAUCCUCGGUCUUAA